AUGGGUUACCUCCCCUCUUUCGGAUCCAUCGUCCGCGUCGUCGGCGGUGUGUUGGCAGUCGGUCUCGUCUCUACCGCUGGACUUCUCUACCGAUAUCAAACGUCACUCAUCUAUCCAGCUGGCUUCCCAGCGGGGUCCAAAGCCGAGGUCAAUACUCCUGAUGAAUACGAUCUGCCGUACAUCGAGGAGGAGCUCAUCACACCGGACUCGGAGCGCAUACGCAUCUUUGUCAUGCUGCAAGGUACCAAGCUCGCCACACGGAGACCCACGCCCAAGAUACAAGAGGUCGACGACGAGAAGCCUCCGCAGAUCGAACGGAAGUCGACACCAACACAGACGGGCAUGGUACCAUUAGACGUGGUCGACGCCGAUCUAGCGUCCCAGCGCCCCACUGUUCUGUUUCUCCAUGCAAACGCCGGCAACAUGGGUCACCGACUACCACUAGCAGCCGUCUUCUACAAGCGCUUUGGCUGCAACGUCAUCAUGCUCAGCUACCGUGGGUACGGCUUCUCCUCUGGCAAAGCCAACGAGCGCGGCAUCAAGAUCGACACACAGACCACACUCGACUACAUUCGCUCUCACCCGUCUCUCUCCUCGACGAUCCUGGUUGCGUAUGGACAGAGCAUCGGUGGAGCGGUAGCUAUUGACCUCGCCGCACGCAACCCAGCCUCGGUGCACGCGCUUGUCCUCGAAAACACCUUCCUCAGCAUCCCCGAACUCAUCCCGCACGUCCUGCCGCCCGUACGGCCAUUUGUCUUCCUCUGUCGAGAGUUCUGGAACUCGGGCAUCAUUAUUGGCAAAAUCUCAACCAAAGUACCCACGCUCUUCCUGUCGGGAAGGCAGGACGAGCUGGUGCCUCCCGCCCACAUGGACGCCCUCUUUGAACGCUGCAACAGCAAGGUCAAGGUCAAGAAGGAGUUCCGCGACGGAACUCAUAACGAUACUUGCAUCAAGAGCGGCUAUUUUGAGGCGAUCGGCGAGUUCUUGAUGGCGCAUGUAGUCGGGCUAGUGCGUGACAAGGCGGCGACGGCGACGGGAGAGAAGCUCGACCACGAAUCGACGGGCGGUGCGAAGAAGGACAGCGAGGACGAGUCGGAUGGCUGGGAUAGGAUGAGCCAUUCCGAGGUCAAAGACGAGCUUAAGAUGGGCGAAGUCAAGGAGAAGGAUGCCGAUGCGCCCACCCUGAGCAAGGCACCGAAGUUGUGA